CUGAUCGAUGAAUUUUAUCGUGCUUGUGUUUGCGUUUUAACACUGAUAAACAUUUUAAAAAAGAAUUGUUGCUCAGUUGGCACUUGCAGAGCCGAAACGAGCGAAUGGACGAACGAAAUUCUUGCGUGGUUAUUUACGAACAUGCACAGAGUGCCUGAGCCACUCGACGCAUGGAUAAACUCAUUGAAUGAGGCUGCUAAGAAGCUUGCAUCAUCGUCAAAGUGUGAAGUGCUGUUUGAAGGAUUUGGCGAUAAUUCGCAUGUUCAAAAACCACCAAAGUUAACGCAGAUUACAGUUGAACAAGGCCCACGAGAUCACUUGACAAUAAAAACAAGGAUAAUAGUACCAGAAAUUAAUUUAAAACUGGUCAGUUCGCAGAGGAGUGAUGACCGAUUGCUUUUUACCAACUAUGAUGCCCAGAUACGUGAUUUACAUGGUGAGGUUGAGUCAAGAGUGGCAUGUAUUGCAAAUCAAAUCUAUCUGAUGGGAUGCUUCACUGGAAGACCGGAACUCGAAAUCUCGUUGAAAAACACAGAUUCGACUGCGGCUGGUGUUGUGAACAGUGAUGCUGUAGAGGAAACUAUCAGGCGCUGCUUGGUUUCGGCAGUGACAAACAUUUCGCUAUCUGAAGCACUGUCAGUUUCUCAGCAGGUUCAACCAGAUGAUCGUUCGUCUACAACGGUAGCAGCGCCUGUCCAAGAAAUGAUGAGACGACUCAACCAAUCCUAUAAUUAUUUUCCAGCUUUUAAACGCUUUGUAAACCAAUAUUUACAGCUUAUUGCACCAAAUACAAACUUGAGCACGUUGCCAAACAAACUGCGAGUGAAAGUUAUUCGAGCUCAGCGUCUAGGUAGAGACGUUGAUGUCAAUCAGCCAUACGUUGUCAUUGAGAUGGAUGAACCCGCACAAAAGUUCACAACAAGCAAAGGGCUGAACACGAGUCCUUACUGGGAAGAGGUUUUCGAAUUCGAAUUAACGCCAGCUUCUGAAGAGAUCUUGUUUGAAAUUUACGAAGAUACGCCAAACGCCGAGGAAGAGCAUCGUUUUCUUGGUCUGGCGAUCGUUGGAUUCGAAGAGAUUCGCAGAUCUGGCGAAAAUAUUCACACAUUAACACUUCAAGGACGACCUUACAGAAAUGACAAAGUCUCAGGCACUUUAACAGUUCAGUUUGAUUUUUACUUUGAUCCAAAUGUGACAACUAUCGGAAAGCAAGUGGAUGAAAUAACGGUUCGUAACAGUGAUGGAGCAGAAUUUCGAGAGACGGUAAGCACAAGCAAACGACCCAUCUACGACCCUCAUGGAUACGAUAUCAUACCGACAAAAACUACCACACUCGUUGUAAAAACCGUCUCUCAGCAGGUGAAAGAUAAGCCACUGAUAUCAUCUGUGCACGGUUCAAUGGAAAAUGCUGUGGAUCCGGCAACAGCCCGAGCAAUUGAUUCAACUUUUUCACGGACGCAACAACAGCAACAACCACAACAACAACAACAGCAGCAACCAAGUGAAGAUUUUAAAAAAGAUUUUGUAGAUCGAAAAAAAAAACAUCGCGAUGACGAUCAGGGCGAGCGAAGGUCCUUUUUCGGCGGGCUAAGGCAUCGUUUGAGCAGCAGAGGACGGUCAAAAACACGGGCAAAAAGUGUUGAAUUGAAUGACGAGUUAGAAGAAGCUGUAUCAUUGCCUCCGUCCCGAGAUCAAUCUCAGGCACGAUAUUCAGGUAAACUAAGUUCUCUCAACUACGAAGAAAUUUCUGUUGGCGGGAAAUCUGCAGUAUCCACAAAGAGUCUUUAUCAACACAGUACACUUGUUCUUGAAAUUGUUAAAAACGGACAAACCAGGCAUAUAUUAAUACCGCCGUCAAUUGUAAAUGAGCCGGCAGCAACGCGGCUAUUCAAACGAGGCAAAAAAUUACAUAUAUACAACGAGCACACAUUUGUAGCUGUUAAAAUUAAGGGCGGUACAGUUUGUAACGUUUGCCAUCGGCGAAUUGCUCGGAGUUUCAUCAAGCAGGCAUAUCAAUGUCGAGAGUGUCGUUUGGUUUGUCAUAAACAUUGUCACUACAAAACAGAAUCUUAUUGUACGGCCAGUACCGUUAAACAGCUUCAAAUAUCUAAGGAUAUCGACUGGAGUCAUUACCUGAGUCAUUAUCAGUUAGAGGAGUUUAUUUCGGAGAACGGUGUUUGA